CGUCGCCCGAGUUGCGCGGGUCGUCCCGCCAUCUUGGAAAAUUCAAACUCGGAAUUCGAAUGCCGCCGUCCAUGUUGUGGAUUUAAAGUUAGUUAGUUUUUUAAUAAAAAAAGAAAAUGGUGUGUAAAGUGGCGCCAAAGACGACUUCCCCCGCACACCGAGGGGCGGCCGAACCACAGGAUGCGCACGCGCAGGAGGUCACCGACUACGAGACUGCACUCGACAUAGCUGGUUACGGCCACUUUAGCCGCAGCGCGCUUGGGGCUUGCGCGUGCGCAUUCUUCACGACUGGGGUGGAGAACUGUGUGAUGUCAUACGUGCUGCCGGCGGCGCGGUGUGAGCUCGAGCUGUCAACGUAUCUCACGGGGCUGAUCAACAUGGCUUUUAUGAGCGGUGGUGUAGCGAGUGCGUUCUUCUGGGGCAUCGUGGGAGACGUGUAUGGACGACGGAACAUCCUCAGCUUCACCCUACUCCUCAACGGAGCCAUGACCCUGGCCCAGAGCACCGUCAGGGACUACCGGAUACUACUCGCUGCCAGGUCUAUCAACGGGUUCCUGAUUGGUGGUCCAUCGACGUUAGUGUUCACAUAUUUGUCAGACCUGGUGGGCGCCAAGAGGCGGCAGUUCUACCUCAACAUUGUCGGGAUGAGCUUCGUGGCUGCGUGGCUGGUGCUACCUGCAUUCGCGUGGCUGGUGAUCCCCAUUAAGAUGGAAGUGGCAACCAUCUUGCCAGUGUACUCGUGGCGGUUAUACCUGGCCGUGGCCAGUGUGCCUGCCUUCGUCGCCGGUUUCUGGACUCUCUGUCUCCCGGAGAGCCCCCGGCUGCUCUCCGACACCAACAGGAGCGACCAGGCUCUCAAGAUCCUCAAGUACAUUGCCAAGGUCAAUAGCGGGAAGGUUGAGGAGUUUAAGGUCAAGAAGUUAAUCCAAGACGACAUCUUCGUAGCGAAAACCUUGAACAGUGAUCAGAAUCGAACCAAGGACCUCUUCAUCGGAGUGUUGAAGGAUCUGAAGAUGUUCGUCUCUAAGACUUAUGCCGUGAAAUCCAGUUUGAUCCUGUUCGUCUUCUUUGCUAAUAUGGCGGCAGGUUUCGGGCUGAAUUUCUGGCUGCCAGAACUCCUGGUUCGUAUGCAGUCACGAGGUUGCACUGCCCAGCCCGAACAGGCGAGGUUGUUUGAAGUCACCAACGCCACGUGGAGAGAGAGCCACUACAUCACUAACGAUAGUGUUGUUCCUACCAACUUGAAUGGCGGCUGUAGUGCUGAUAUGGAUGAUGAGGUGUUCACAUCGGGUCUGAUCGUGGGCGCGUGUUGCCUGCUGGGCAACGCGGCGUGCGCCCUGCUGGCGGCGCGGGGCGGGGCGCGCGGCGUGCGCGCGGCCGCGGUGGCGUGUACGCUGGCCUGCGUCGGCGCCUGCGCAUGUCUCGCGGUGUCCGCGUGCUCCUGCGUGGGCUCUAACAAGAUUGCUGUUGCAGCGGCGUCCGCGCUCAACGCUGCGUCCUUGAAUGGAAACGUGCUGUUGAUUCGAUUGUUAUUACAUGCCUUGCCGCCUAAAUUAAGCGGCCUGGGCGUGUGUUGGGGCGCGUGGUGGGGCCGCGCGGGCGGGGUUGCGUCCAACCUGGCGGUGGGCGCGCUUCUCGACUACUCCUGCCCUGCGCCCUUCAUCGCCGUUGCUGCGCUACUUGCCUUAUCAAUUGGUGCCAUAAUGAUGAUCAAGUUGGAACUAACUUCCGAAGAGUUGGAGCCCAGAAACAAGACUGAAGAAAUAGACAAUUGUGUCGAGAAAAACACCGGCCUUGAUCGAUACAUAUCCACCCAUAUGUAACUACUAGGGUAGCAUAGCUUACAAAUAACGUGUUAAGCGGAACGCGGUAAAUUCAAACAUAAGGUGACGUAUGAGAGCGUUCACGCGGACGCGAUGUCAUUUGCGUUUUGAUUUGCAGUGACGGCCUACGUGGUGUCACUUAACGUGCCUUUUAAACAACAUGUACCUACUUAACAAGUACUUAAAGCGACAAUUUUUCGUGAAUUUUACACGCGUCUACAGCAUAGAAGACAGAUUCUAUUAGUGUGCCUUAUUCGGUAGAUAGAUACAUAUUUUGAAUGUGUGGUUUAUUUGAUGUAUUCAGCGAGUUCAGUUUUCUUAUAUAGACACGAAAGAAGGUUGAGUAAAGUCCUCAAGUCCAGGACGUAAAUAUCAACUUCAUCAUCCUCCUGCCCUUAUCCCACUCUAGGUGGGUCGACACAACAUGCAUUCCUCUUCCAUUCAUUUCUGUCAGUCAUCAUCUUGAUACUCACACUCAUGGUAUAAGAAAACCAGGUAUGCUCAAUCCUAUGACAAGCCGCCAUUGCUAGCCCUUUGAUGACGUAAGUGUUACCACUGUGUUACCAUUAAAUUGGUAUCUCCAACAUUCCAAGGACGUAAAUUUUGUUAUAAAAAAUUAAGUGAAUUACUGACUAAUGUAUUUAAUUACUAUUCCUUGUCACAUAAUAUAAAAAUAAUUAAAAUCGUAAGCAAUUUCCUUGCAAAGUAAAUAUAAAAAUAUUGUCCGUGGGUAAUAUAAUUUUUACGAAAUGGCAACGCAGGGUGGGAUGACGUCAGCUGGGCUGACCUUGAAAUGUUAGCUGUCACUUUUGCGCAUACCUGGUCUUCUUAGACCAUGCUCACACCUUUCACAUGUGUAAAAUUAAUGUCAACUUGAACCAAAAUGUUCAGCUGAGGCCGAGUCUAGUGCAGGAAGUUUUGAGAGAACUUCUUAGAAAACGGUUGUUAGUACGUUGGUCAAAGGUACAAAAUACUAUUUAUUGAAAAUUUCAAGUUUAUAACUGACUGGUAAGAAAUUAGGUUACGCAAGAUGCCUGUAAGCAACAAUAGACUGGUACCUUUAAAGUGUUUUAUGUAAAUCCUGUUUUAAAUAUACAUAAAUACUUAAUUUAGUUACUAUUUUACCCGACUAAUUUUAGUACAGUCAUGAGCAAUAUUAUGUACCCACUUUAGAACCCUGUCGCACUAUCAUAUUUGACAUUUAAUAAGACUUACGGUUUUAUUUGUCAAAAAAGUUAAUGUGACAUGGUUUCAAAGUGCAUACAUAUUAGUACUCAUGACCGUAUCUACUUAUCUAUACACAAUCCGCCUUAUUACAAAAAAAUAUGACUAGAGAUAAUAAAUAUCAGGGUUAGAUACCCUGGCCGUGGUAGCCCAGUUGGUAGAACGCUUGCCUCUCAAUUUGAGGUCGCAGGUUCGAAUCCAGAACUGGCCUAAACCAAUGAUUGUCGAAUUUGAUUUGAGAAAACAUCGUGAGGAAACCCACAUUCCCGAGAAAUGCAUUUUCGGAGGUAUGUAACCUGUGUUGGGCUGGUUUUCCCUUCGCGGGUUGGAAGGUCGGACAGGAGUCACUUCUGUAAAAAAUCGGACCUGUCAAAUCUUCAGGUUAGGUAAGCGGACCCUGUGAAAAACGGGAUAAUGAUGAUGACUUAUCGUUUUGUAAUAUGGCGGUGGAAGUCGGUCAUUCUCAAAGUUUAAGACAAUUUUUAGAUCUGAAGUUAUAUAUUUUUUAGAGUUGAACUCAAUUUUGGGAGAUUAAAAACGACCCUAAAGAUCCAUGCUCCCUAUUAAUAAUCUCACUAUUCGAAUAUCCCAUUUCUUACUGUGAUUUGAGAAACUGAUAUGACAAAAGGUUUGAUAUUACAUAAUUUUUAGAUAAUUUUAUAUUUAUAAGAGAAGUAAAAUAAAUUUUUA